UCAGAUUGGGCACGUGGUGGAGCGUCACGUGAGUAACACGAAGUGCACAGCCAGCACGAGCAAGAGGGAGCUGCUGCUCUCAGCGAGGCGCUUUGCUAAAUGUUCUCGCUCAUUGCCGGCUUGAUUCGGUACCUGUUUUCCAAGACCGAGAUCAAUGUCCUUAUUCUGGGGCUGGACUACGCGGGUAAAACUACAUUGUUGGAGCAGAUGAAGGGCAUUUUCAAGAAAGUUCAGGGGAUACCACCGUCCAAGAUUCCGCCAACAGUGGGAUUGAACGUUGGCAAGAUGGACGUGGGGGGCUGCAAGCUAACGUUCUGGGACUUGGGGGGACAGGUACGUGUUCGAUCACUGUGGGAAAAAUAUUACGCUGACGCGCACGGGUUAAUCUUCGUCAUGGAUUCUGCUGACGUUGGGAGAUUUGAGGAAGCUAGAAUGGCGUUCGAUACCGUCAAGGAGCAAGGGGAGCUUCACGGGGUGCCAUUGAUGAUGUUUGCUAACAAGCAAGACUUGCCUGAGGCUAUCUCGACAGCGGACAUAUCUGUGCAGUUCGACAUGCACAAGAUCACGAAAGUGGCGUUUCGAUUACAACCAUGCAGCGGGCUUACAUGUGACGGGGUGGCGGAAGGGAUUCAUUGGAUAGUGGAUGAGGCCAAAAAACGAGCGCGACCACGAUAGAUGCACAGCACGUGGCGACCUGCUUUGUUUUGUGUUGUUGGCACAUUCUUUGUGGUGAUGAACUGGCGGGGGCGCGUGGAGCACGGCAGCGUGGUAGCACAGCAUGAUCGAGCCGCGUGUCUCUCCUAUCCGCGGGCCCCGGUAUCGCCAGUCGUUCCUCCUUUGUGGCAGGGUAUUUCGACCAAUCAGGAAAUGCGUGCCAGUGGCCUAUUCCUUUGCUGCCCUCUUGGAUUCUGACAAAGGGUAAAUAAAUAUGUAUCACUCCCUUCUCUCUCUGGUGAUGCUUCCGGUGCAUCUUGGGUCCUCGUGGAAGACACUACUGUGUGGUACCUGUCAUCUAGACCUCUCAAAAAACGCGUAGCUACCAUCUGUAGAGCUCUGCACGAACGGGCGACAAGGAAGCGUGAGCAGAAAACAGAAAAGGGCAUUUGACGUGGUAGAUAGCUGUAGGUUCUACGGCCUGGACGACGCGGCCCUCCUGAGAGCAAGGCAUGGGGUGGACACUCGUCACCCGCGAGGUUGGCCUUUCCCUCGAAGAUCCGGGUCUCACGUGACAACCGUGGCCGACUGUCCCGCAGGCGACGACGUGUCAGGCCGAAGAUGCCUGACAGGAUGACCGCGGUCAACGCCACCCGUCAUCCAAGGACCUAUUGUUAUGUGCAAGAAACUUGCGCCGCAAGGUUUUUUGACCAAUCGGGAAACUGCGUGCCACCUUUCCCUUUCUGUGUUGCCAGGUUGCUACCAAUAUGUGUUUUUUGGUU